AGGAGGUUAGGUAAAGAAGUCAGAAAUCUUUACACCAGUCCCAUUGGGAAGCUGAUGCCCUCCAAAACCAUGUUGGAGCGGUGCUCCGACUUCAGUCAUAAUGACUAGAAAGGCCGACAUCGGGAGAAAUCCGUCAAUGACAGGAAAUGCUCACAUCAGUGCGAGUCGCUAAAAGCGAAACCGUCAACUAUUAUGAUGGCGACAGUGCCUACAGUCGAGUGGCGGAGGGGAGGAACGGGGCCUCCAGCAAUAAAGAAGGUGGUAGCUCAGCCUCGCGAUUUACCCGAUUCGGGAGACCGGAGGUAAGCGGAAUUAUUGUCAUGUGUCUCAAAGUCGUAAUGAUUAACAUUAACGGCCCAUUAGUCUUGGUCCUUUGGAAUUGACUUAUUAUCGGUCACUAAACUAAUGUCAGUACAAUCACCUGGAUUACCCAAUGAGCUGUUGGCUCGAGGACGAUCAAGAC